AGAGAGCGGGAAAAUUUGAAUAUAUGUAAAAGUUCACGCGCAAAGUUAAACAGCGCCACUUUGCGGAAGUUAACGGAAUUACGGAUCGAUAGAAAAUAAGAAGCAAUAGAAAAUAAAAAGCAAUAGAAGAUAUUCACCGAAUAAUCGUCAUCCUGUUAAAGAGAACAAAAAUGGAUUUCAACGUGAAGAAAUUGGUUAAGGAUGCUGGUGCUGCAUUGAGCAGAGUUGUACAGCUAACAGAAGAAACGUUAGGUACAUCUGAGAAAACUGAAUUAGAUGCACAUUUAGAACAUCUCGCUGAAAGAGCAAAUGCAACUAAAACGUGGACAGAAAAAAUUCUCAGGAAUAUGGAAGCUGUACUUACUCCUAAUCCAGGAAAUAGAAUUGAAGAUUUCUUUUAUGAAAAAAUUGAUAAAAAGAAACCCAACAGACUUAGCAAUCUCGAAUACGUAGGCAUCGAUAUGAUAGAAGCUGGAAAUGAUUUUGGUCCUGGUAUCGCUUACGGUAGCUCUUUGAUAAAAGUUGGUCAGUGUCAACAAAAGUUAGGUCAAAUUGAAAGAGAUUUUAUUGGAAUAGCAGCCAAUUGUUAUAUACAACCAUUAAGAAAAUUUUUAGAUGGAGAAAUGAAAACUGUUAGCAAGGAAAUGGCUAUAUUAGAAACCAAAAGGUUGGAUUUAGAUGCAUGUAAAAAUCGAGUAAGAAAAGCAAGAAGCAUGGUGGGCCAACAGAGUGACUCUGGCGUUUCACCCGAAGUAUUACUCGAUCAGGCAGAGAGGGAGCUGAGGGUGGCACAAUCGGAAUUUGAUCGGCAAGCAGAAAUUGCUAAGUUACUUUUAGAAGGAGUAACUAGUUCUCAAGCUGGACAUUUGAGAUGUUUACAUGAAUUCGUUGAAGCACAAGCACGUCAUUACGCUCAAUGUCAUGCGACUAUGCAAGAAUUGCAACGUGAGCUUGCUGGGGCACGUCAGCCGAGUCCUUUGCUCAGAGUCAACAGCGAGGAAGUGAUCGAGCUAACACCCUCACCCACUACUCCAUCCCAAAAUCUAUCUAUAAAUAAUGCUCUCGCUGAUUCAACCUUAACUGGGGGUCCCUAUCACUCGACCGCCUCAACAACAAAUCCUACUGCACAAGUGGAAAAUGGUCAAGAUCGUGCAAGAGUAGUCUGUGAUUAUGAUGCUAGGGAUUCAACCGAGCUUAGUGUCAUGCAAGACGAGGUAAUUUCCAUUAUGGAAAUUCCUGGAGAUGAAGAUUAUUUAAUUGGAAUAAGAGGAAAUCAACGAGGAAGAGUACCUAAGGCAUAUCUUGAAACUAUUGUUAGUUAUUAAGUAAAAAAAAAAAAAAAAUAAGAAAAAGUUUAAAACAAAAUUCAAUUCUCAACUGCCUUAGGGAAAUAUUCUUUACAAAUUUUACACUCAAGCGUGCACACACACACACACACACACUUACAUAUAUAUACAGUACAAUCUCACUAAUCCGGUAAUAUUAAAAACCAUAGGGUGCCGGAUUAUUGGAAUGUUCGGAUUACUGGAUUAUAAAGAAAAAAAGUGAUAAGUUUUGAGGUUAGACUGUUAGACGACGGCGACGGUGGCGCUGGCGAGGGGUGCCGGAUUAUUGGACGUAUCGGUCUAUUGAAGUGCCGGAUUAGUGAGAUUAAUACUAUAUAUAUUUAAAACUUACAAUAGCAGUUCAAGAAAAUGAUUUUACUUAGAAAGUGGCAAUUUAAAUAAAUACAAAUAAUAUAUCACCUAAUAAUUCAAUGAUUAAAUUAUUAAUUAUAUUAACUGUUAUGCUAUAGAGUUUGUUGAAAAUUUGGUGUGUGCCUUUGGUAAACGAUAUUAACGAAGAUAUUGUUCUAAAGUUAAAUAAUGUUAACUUUAAACGAAUUUUAU